GGGUCAUGUGACACGAAGGGCGCCGAAUGCCUCGAGUCAGCGCCAUUUCCCGAACGUGAAGGCCAAAGUGCCCCGAGGGCGGGAGACGCCUUCUGCUGCGACCUGACCUCGACCCGCGCAGCCCGCGGUGUGGGGUCGAGCUCAGGCGCUUGCAGUGCGCGGAGGUCUGGCUUUAGCAGAGGGGCACGCACGCUACCUUGGGGGCGUGGCCUGGGCCUUCUAGGUGACGUACACGCGGGGUGGGUGGGCUCACCAUUGGGGCUGAGAUUCGGAUCCAGGUGUGACAGAGGCGGGGCUUCCCGCCAACCAUUGAGAAGCAGGUGCCGCCUCAUGGAGACCCUUGCGGCCGCCGCCCCUGCCCGGAGCUUCUUCCCCUCCUUCCUGCUCUUGGCCUGCGGGACGCUGGUGGCCGCCCUGCUGGGCGCCGCGCACUGGCUGGGGCUCUUCUAUCAGUUGGUGCACAAGGUGGACAAGGCAAGCAUCCAGCAUGGUGGGGAGAAUGUGGCAGCUGUCCUAAGGGCCCAUGGUGUGCGGUUUCUCUUCACACUGGUCGGUGGGCACAUUUCCCCGCUGUUGGUGGCCUGUGAGAAGAUAGGCAUCCGUGUGGUGGACACCCGCCAUGAAGUCACAGCCGUCUUUGCCGCCGAUGCUGUGGCCCGCCUGACCGGGACGGUGGGCGUAGCAGCAGUGACAGCAGGCCCUGGUCUCACCAACACAGUGACUGCAGUGAAGAACGCCCAGAUAGCUCAGUCCCCGGUCCUGCUUCUGGGUGGGGCCGCCAGCACGCUGCUGCAGAACCGGGGUGCACUCCAGGCCAUUGAUCAGAUGUCCCUGUUUAGACCACUGUGCAAGUUUUGUGCUUCUGUGAGGAGGGUGCGGGACAUUGUGCCCACUCUGAGGCUUGCAAUGGCUGCUGCCCAGUCAGGCACCCCAGGCCCAGUGUUUGUGGAGCUGCCUAUCGAUGUGCUGUACCCCUAUUUCAUGGUCCAGAAGGAGAUGGUGCCAACCAAGCCGCCCAAGGGCCUCAUGGGUCGAGUGGUCUCUUGGUACUUAGAGAAUCACCUGGCCAACCUCUUUGCAGGAGCCUGGGAGCCUCAGCCUGAGGGGCCUUUGCCUCUGGACAUUCCCCAGGCAUCCCCCCAGCAGGUUCAGCGCUGUAUGGAAAUCUUGAGCCGAGCCAAAAGGCCCCUUAUUGUGCUGGGGAGCCAGGCUCUGCUGCCCCCGACACCUGCUGACAGACUUCGGGCUGCUGUGGAGACUCUUGGCAUCCCCUGCUUCUUGGGAGGGAUGGCACGAGGACUGCUGGGCCGCAACCACCCCCUCCACAUCCGCCAGAACCGGAGCGCCGCCCUGAAGAAAGCAGAUGUUGUGCUCCUGGCAGGAGCCGUGUGUGACUUCCGCCUGUCUUACGGUCGUGUCCUCAGCCGCAGCAGCAAGAUCAUCAUUGUCAAUCGUAACCGGAAAGAGAUGUUGCUUAACUCAGACAUGUUCUGGAAGCCCCAGGAAGCCGUCCAGGGAGACGUGGGCUCCUUUGUGGUAAAGCUGGUGGAAGGCCUCAAGGGCCAGACGUGGGCCUCAGACUGGGCAGAGGAGCUUCGGGAAGCUGACCGGCAGAAGGAGCAGGCCUUUCGGGAGAAGGCGUUGACACCAGUAGCCCAGCACCUGAACCCAGUACGGGUACUGCAGCUGGUGGAGGAAACUCUGCCUGACAACUCGAUUCUGGUGGUCGACGGUGGGGACUUCGUGGGCACUGCCGCCCACCUGGUGCAGUCUCGUGGCCCCCUGCGCUGGCUUGACCCUGGGGCCUUUGGGACUCUGGGGGUUGGUGCAGGAUUUGCACUCGGGGCCAAACUGUGCCGGCCGGAUGCUGAGGUGUGGUGCCUGUUUGGAGAUGGAGCCUUUGGCUAUAGCCUCAUUGAAUUUGACACUUUCGUCAGGCACAAGAUCCCAGUGAUUGCCUUGAUAGGGAAUGAUGCUGGCUGGACACAGAUUUCUCGGGAGCAAGUGCCCUGUUUGGGCAGCAAUGUGGCCUGUGGCCUGGCUUACACUGAUUAUCACAAGGCAGCCAUGGGACUUGGGGCCCAGGGCGUGCUGCUCUCACGGGAGAAAGAAGAUCAGGUGGUUGAGGUGCUUCAUGAUGCUCAACAGCAGUGCCGAGAUGGCCACCCAGUUGUGGUCAACAUCCUCAUUGGGAGGACAGACUUCCGAGAUGGCUCCAUCGCUGUGUAGGGCCUCCUGGGUCAGUACCCUUGGCUUCCCCAUCCUUGGACUGUGCUUGGCUGGGUUAGAGUCCUUGCCUGCCUUCGACCUGGCCUAUCAGGUCCAGUGACUCUAGAACCCUCCCUGAAGAUGAGGUGGGGAUGGAGGGGUCAGAGCUCAGUGAGGCUCACUGGAAAGUUCCUGGGCCUCUUUCUCUGGGGGCACAACUGCCCUCUCUCCCUUCUUCUCAUCCAGACUGAAUAAACCAUCUCUGGUCCAUGGGGGCCCGAAAACUCCAGAA